AUGUCGGCUCAAUUACUACCUCAAACAGCUUCAAGACGCCUUCCGACAACUUACCAUUCAGUUCAACCUGGUUUUCAUGCAAGAAAACAACAGAUUCUAGCUUCAUUAACAGACCAAACAAGUACUCGAACUGAUAAUAAUAAUGCUAAUAAGUAUUCGUCCUCUAAAGUAUCUUUUCCAUUAAUUGAUGAAGCAAUUUUUCCUAUAAUCGAAUUAAUUAACAAACAUGAGGAUUAUGUCGUAACGAGUAGUUGUUCCGGUAAAAUUUCAAUUAUUUCUACUAAUGCUAGUAGCAAUAAAUGUAGAAAUUCAAGGAAAUCCAUCUCUGGAAAGCUAGAAUCUUUAACAACUGGUAGUACUAACCAUGGUGAAACUGAAAAUGGAGUUGUUUAUAGGCAUCAAGAUGAUUUAGAUGAUAUUGAUGAUUCAGAUUUAAAAUCUGGUGGUGGGGGUGGUGGAAAAUUAUUAUUUGUCGCUCAUUCGAAAAUUAAUUUACCUAAAGAAAAAGAUUUAAUUAAUAAUUUUUUGUUGAAAAUGAUUUUUGGUGAAGAUUUUGAGAAUGUAACAUUAUUUAAUAAUGAAAGUUAUAACUUGUUACAAAAUAAUGAUUAUAACUUGAUUUAUUUCAAAUUUGAUCCAAUGAUUUUACACUCUGAAGCUCGUACUUUAGAUGCUGCAAAAAAUCUUGUUAAUUUGGCCGUUGAUAUUGGUUACCGUGAUUCUGGUCUUUUGAUUACCUCAAAAAGGCAUAUGGUAGCAAUUCGUAAUUCUAUGAAACUCGAAACCCCAAUCGCAUAUUUAAAUUUAUCAACUCAAAAAAUACACCUUUUGGUAUGGGAAGUGGUGAUGAUGGGGCUAGAAGAGCAUCGAAGGAUGAUUGGAUUAAGAAAAAGUGGUACUUUAAGUGAUGGCAAUGAUGGUGAUGUAUCAACUGUUGAUGACGAAAGUCAAGGUUUAGAUAAUUUGGAUAACGUGUGA